UAGUAAUGAGGUAACACCAUUUGUGGAGGGUAAAUAAGUGAUCUAGCACCACGUAGCUUUAUCUUCUUCCCGGAUGCACAAAAACCCCAAAUAGGUUGUCUGCAACCUUCUUCGAACGCUUCAAUGGCGUUCAGCAAUACAUACCUCUUAUCUCCUUCUUCUCUAUACAAACUCAAUCCGGUUCUCUUCUCCGCUCGCCGUCGCAGUGUCACUUUAUCUCGAUUUCACCUUCGAAUUCCCAAACCAAGGUUUCUAGCAGUUGCUGCAUCACAAAAUGGAGGAGUAUUUACUUCUCCUGAGAUAGCGAAAUCGUUUGACUUUACUUCCGAGGAGCGGAUAUACAACUGGUGGGAUUCUCAAGGGUAUUUCAAGCCGAAAUACGAUGGGGGAGGUGAAUCUUUUGUUGUUUCAAUGCCGCCUCCGAACGUGACUGGCUCUUUGCACAUGGGGCAUGCUAUGUUCGUCACACUUGAGGAUAUUAUGAUCAGAUACAACAGGAUGAAGGGCAGACCUACCCUCUGGCUUCCUGGAACUGAUCAUGCUGGCAUCGCCACUCAGUUGGUCGUGGAAAGAAUGUUGGCUUCUGAAGGAAUAAAGAGGGUUGACUUGGGUAGAGAGGAGUUUACGAAGCGAGUUUGGGAGUGGAAGGAGAAGUAUGGUGGAACCAUUUCAAAUCAGAUAAGGCGGCUCGGUGCGUCUUGUGAUUGGACCAGAGAACAUUUCACACUCGAUGAGCAGCUAAGUCAAGCUGUUAUUGAGGCGUUUGUUAAACUUCAUGAGAAAGGGCUUAUCUAUCAAGGCUCCUACAUGGUUAACUGGUCCCCAAAUUUACAGACGGCAGUUUCUGACUUGGAAGUUGAGUACUCUGAAGAACCUGGUACUCUAUAUCAUAUCAAAUACCGUGUUGCUGGAGGUUCUCGGGAUGACUUUCUAACAAUAGCUACCACACGGCCCGAGACCUUAUUUGGUGAUACUGCUGUCGCUGUGAAUCCCGAGGAUGAAAGAUAUGCUAAAUAUAUUGGGAAGUCAGCCAUUGUUCCAAUGACAUUUGGCCGUCAUGUCCCGAUCAUUGCUGACAAGUACGUAGAUAAAGACUUUGGAACUGGAGUUUUAAAGAUAAGCCCGGGGCAUGAUCAUAAUGAUUACCUUCUUGCUAGAAAACUUGGUCUUCCUAUACUCAAUGUUAUGAACAAAGAUGGGACACUUAACGAGGUUGCUGGUUUAUAUAGCGGCCUUGAUCGUUUUGAGGCAAGAAAGAAAUUGUGGGCAGAACUUGAAGAAACAGGCUUAGCUGUCAAGAAAGAAGCACACACGUCGCGAGUUCCUCGAUCUCAAAGGGGUGGAGAAAUCAUAGAGCCUCUAGUGAGCAAACAAUGGUUCGUAACUAUGGAGCCUUUGGCUGAGAAGGCUCUCGAGGCAGUGCAAAAAGGUGAAUUAACAAUCAUGCCCGAAAGGUUUGAAAAGAUAUAUAAUCACUGGCUAUCGAAUAUUAAGGAUUGGUGUAUAAGCAGACAACUAUGGUGGGGACACAGGAUUCCCGUUUGGUAUAUCGUAGGUAAAGACUGCGAAGAAGAUUAUAUAGUUGCUAGGAGUAACGAUGACGCUCUUAGAAAAGCGCAACAGAAGUACGGAAAAGAUGUGGAGAUAUAUCAAGAUCCAGAUGUUCUCGACACUUGGUUUUCAAGUUCUUUAUGGCCCUUUAGUACUUUGGGCUGGCCCGAUGUGUCUGCUGAAGAUUAUAAGCGGUUUUACCCAACAUCAGUACUUGAAACAGGGCAUGACAUAUUGUUUUUCUGGGUGGCACGUAUGGUGAUGAUGGGGAUUGAGUUUACUGGGACUGUCCCGUUUACACAUGUCUACCUUCAUGGACUUAUUCGGGAUUCUCAAGGAAGAAAAAUGUCUAAAUCAUUAGGAAACGUCAUAGAUCCUUUAGAUACAAUCAAAGAGUUUGGUACCGAUGCUUUGCGUUUUACACUUGCUUUAGGAACCGUGGGUCAGGAUCUAAAUUUAUCAACAGAGAGGCUGACAUCUAAUAAAGCGUUUACCAACAAAUUAUGGAAUGCUGGAAAGUUCGUUCUGCAAAAUUUACCUAGCCCAAAUGACACAUCAGCUUGGGAAAGUUUACUGGCCCAUAAGUUUGAUAAGGAGGAGCAUCUGAUUGGGCUGCCUUUACCAGAGUAUUGGGUGGUUUCAAAAUUGCAUACACUCGUUGAUGCAGUCACAACUAGUUAUGACAAGUUUUUCUUUAACGAUAUUGCACGGGAAUUAUAUGACUUCUUUUGGGGUGAUUUUGCUGAUUGGUACAUUGAAGCAAGUAAAGCACAUCUUUACCAAUCAGAAGAUAAAGAAAUUGCCUCUAUAUCCCAAGCUGUUCUUUUAUAUGUUUACGAAAAUAUAUUAAAGAUGCUCCAUCCAUUUAUGCCUUUUGUUACCGAAGAAUUAUGGCAGGCACUUCCUAAUAGGAAAGAAGCUUUAAUAGUGUCUCCAUGGCCUCUUACUUCACUUCCACGUAAUCUCACCGCCAUAAAAAGAUUUGAAAAUUUGCAAGCUUUGACGCGAGGAAUAAGAAAUGUGAGGGCUGAAUAUUUUGUUGAGCCUGCAAAACGAAUAUCCGCAUCUAUCGUUGCUAAUUCUGAAGUCAUCCAGUAUAUUUCUAGAGAAAAGGAUGUAUUGGCUCUUCUGUCCAGACUCGAUUUGCAAAGCAUCCAUUUUACAGAUUCGCCCCCAGUGGAUGCAAAUCAAAGUGUUCAUCUUGUGGCCGGGGAAGGUCUAGAGGCAUAUCUUCCUCUUGCAGAUAUGGUAGACAUUUCCGCAGAAGUUCAACGGUUAUCCAAACGCCUUACAAAGAUGCAAAACGAAUACAAUGCACUCGUGGCGCGUUUGAGUUCUCCCAAUUUUGUUGAGAAAGCUCCGGAGGACGUUGUUCGUGGGGUCCGUGAGAAGGCAUCGGAAGCAGAAGAAAAAUUGAAUCUUACGAAAACCCGUCUGUCUUUUCUUCAAUCGACGAUUUUGGUCUCGGAGUAGAUGUGAUUCUUGGCAUCUUAGGGUUACCGGUUUAGAUCUGUCCUGGUAAUGCCUUGGCCAGUUUUGUACUAGCUGUAACCAUUCCUCCCAUUAAGGCUGUUAAAGCAUGAAAGUUUAAUUAAUUAAUUUAUUUACCUAAAAAUGUUUUCUUAUU